CCAGGCCUGGAAGACCAGCGAGCGGUCUCAUCAUGUCUUCCAAGUCGUCUAUGGUUCUGGGUUACUGGGAUAUUCGCGGGCUGGCGCACGCCAUCCGCCUGCUCCUGGAGUUCACUGAUACAGCCUACGAGGAGAAACGGUACAUCUGCGGGGAAGCUCCUGACUAUGAUCGAAGCCAAUGGCUGGAUGUGAAAUUCAAGCUAAACCUGGACUUUCCUAAUCUUCCUUACCUGAUGGAUGGCAAGAACAAACUCACCCAGAGCAACGCCAUCUUGCGCUACAUCGCCCGCAAGCACAACAUGUGUGGUGAGACUGAGGAGGAAAAGAUUAGGGUGGAUAUAAUGGAAAAUCAAAUAAUGGAUUUCCGCAUGCAACUGGUGCGGGUUUGCUACAACUCUGACCAUGAAAAACUGAAACCACAGUACUUGGAACAGCUACCCGGACAAUUGAAACAAUUUUCCUUAUUCCUGGGGAAGUAUUCAUGGUUUGCAGGGGAAAAG